CUGAAAUUGGAACGAUGGCUUCCGGUGGGAGUGAGGAUUACGUGGACAGUCAUUUUCACAUUUGGGACUUAGAUAAGUUCAAAUAUCCAUGGCCAACGUCAGCGGAAGGACCUAUAUUCCGAAAGGUUACAGCGGAUGAAUAUGUAAACAACCUUCAGAAAACCCCGGUCAGAUAUGGAAUUUUUGUCCAGUGUCUUAACGGGCACCCAGAUGAAUCAAAAUGGGUUAUGGAGCAGGCGAAGUCAAGGCCGGAAAUUAAAGGCGUUGUCGGUGGAGUGGACCUAACGGACCCAAACAUACGCGAGAUCCUUGCAGACCUACGUCAGAACCCCUUAUUCAAGGGGGUCCGACACAUCCUUGACACGGAGGAGUCCACGUGGAUCACACGUGAUGACGUACACAAGGGUUUAGCGGUCCUGGAAGAACUCGGUUUGACCUAUGACCUUUUAUUGAGGCCACAUCUCCUGUGCUACAUACCAAGCCUGGUGGCUAAAUUUCCCAGACUGAAGAUGGUGGUUGACCAUAUAGCCAAACCAUACAUCAAAGACAAAAAGAUUGACCAGUGGAAACUGGACAUGGCCGAAAUAGCCAAGCAGAGUGACCAGGUCUAUUGUAAGAUAUCUAGCAUGGUAACAGAGGCUGAUUGGGAGGCAUGGAAACCAGAUGAUUUCGUCCCUUAUGUCCAGCACAUCAUAUCUUGUUUCGGCGUGGACAGGGUAAUGUUUGGAUCCGAUUGGCCCGUUUGUACGCUAGCUAAGGCUUCAUUCAGUGACGUGUUCGAGUUAUUUACCAAGCUGAUAUCAACAUUUUCAACUCAAGACAAAACCAAGAUGUUACGGGAAAACGCCAAGGUUUUCUACUCUCUGGACAUUUAGGAUAAUUAUGUGGUAUUUAGUCUCCAAACGUGUAAUCAUUUUCAUAAAAAAUUGUUGACAGUAAAAUCUGGUAUACUUCAUACUGAACGAGGCAGGUGUUAUACAUCUAAACAUUGGACGUAUGCCAAUAGACAGGACAUCAGAGGACAUAUAUCUAAAAUACUAAAAAAAAAAAAAAAAACUAAAAGGAAUCACUUCUCGUAAAGGGCGACUACUCUGGAAACUAUUAAGGAAUGAUUAAUUCGUGAUUACGUUGAGAUAUUGAACAUUUAAUAUCAGAUCGCAACUUCUAUUAUUGUAUUACCUUUCUGUCAUGGGUUCUGUCCCCUGACGGAGACUAAGCCAUGAAGUCAUGGGUUCUGUCCCCUGACGGAGACUAAGCCAGGUCAAUGAAUUAGAACUCUAUGCUCGUUACAGGACGUGUAACUUUCAACAUAGCUAUAAUUUCGGUCCUCAUUAUGUGACUAAGAGGAAUUUCAAAGAGAAGAACUCUAUGACAUUUCUUACAGGACCUUCGCACGAAUACCAACCCAGUUAUCCGAAUAUAUGUACAUUAUCAGUAAUUUGUGUAGCAUAAGAUACGUAUAAACGUUAUUGGAAUUUGAGAGUUUGAGUCAAGUUCCUGUAGUCCAAUCAAAUUUGAGCACCCCUUCAUUAGCCAGUAUGCCGCUUUUUAUACCUGAAGCAGACAGCCGAGCUCCCCCAAAGAGUGACAAGAGAGUAAUAGCUGGUAUUAUUUAUAUCUCAAAGACAAAUAUGAUGACUUAAUAUCUAUGUGUUCGUGAUGGUACAUGUAUGCAACACAAUUACCAAGAACUGCUCUUUCAAUGUAUGGGACCAC